GGUCCAGCCCACGCGGCUCGGUCGCUAUGGAGAGAAGCUUCCAGGGAGCGCGAGCCAGCCAGAAAAAGCAGGGACGAGCGAGGAGGACGGAUCCGAGAGUGCCGUAGAGCACAAACACGAGUCAUGGAGAAAAGAUCAACAAACCGGAGGACUUUACCUAAUGGCGGAAUGCGACUUUUGACUUCUCUUCUCAUCCUUUACGGACUUACCGGUGUCAGCAGUAACCAGGUGGUUGUUUCUGAGAAAGUGAAUGCAGUGCUGGGGAAGAGAAUCACACUUAGCUGCAGAAUAGAAGUGGGCUCCAACCUCAGUCUCACACAGAGCUCCUGGGAACGUCAUCUUCCUUCAGGCACUAUUACCUUGGCAGUGUUUAAUCCUGAGUACGGGACCUCAUAUUCUUCAGAUUAUGGCAAACGCAUCUCAUUUGUUUCCCCUUCAAUACAAGAUGCCACCAUUACCCUUGACGGAGUUGGAUUUGCAGAUAUCGGGACUUACACCUGCAAAGUGGCAACAUUUCCUCUGGGCAACACUCAAGCAUCAACUUUUGUCAAUGUAUUAGUGGAGCCUAAGGUGUACGUGUCGGCGGGCUCAACAGCUCUGCUGGAUGGCGCCAACGAGUCGCUAGUGGCCACCUGCAUAGCAGAGCGUGGACGCCCCGCCGCUGAGGUUUUCUGGGAGACUGAGCUUUACGGGCGAUCUGAGCGGCAGAGCCAAGAUGAGCCCAACAGCACCACGUCCGUACAUGUGCACUACAUGUGGAAGCCUCAGAGCUACGCCCAGGGGAGGACGCUCACCUGUGUGGUGCGCCACCCGGCCCUUCAGACAGAGUUCAGAAUACCCUACACGCUUAACGUUCAGUUUGCACCGGUUGUAACAAUUGAAGGAACUGACAAAAACUGGUAUGUGGGUCAGGCGAAUGUGAAAUUCACCUGCGGAGCCAAAGCCAACCCGCCCGCCCGUCACUUCACGUGGAUCAGGUUGGAUGGAUUGAUGCCCGAGGGUGUUGAGAUCUCCAACAAUAGCCUUGCUUUCCGUCGCUCACUGGAACGCAAUGAUUCUGCAAUCUAUCGUUGCGAAGUGAUGAAUGACAUUGGUCUCCGGAGUCAGGAUGUAAACUUCUGGGUACAAGAUCCUCCCCCCACCACUGCAGCCCCCAGCACCACUGCUUCAUUCCUCCACGACACAUCCGGAACUGUGGACCAGCGGAGAGCCCUCUUCACCUCCCCCACCCUGGCCUCCAUCCCUGACAGCAGUCUGGGUACUAUAGUUGGCGGGGCAGUGGGUGGAGUUCUGUUCCUGAUUCUCUUGCUGAUCCUUGGGGGGUGUUGUUUUAUGCGCCAGCGCCGAACCUUCAGAGGAGACUAUUACACCAAACAGUACCUGGGGCCCUCCGACAUGCAGAAGGAAUCUCAGCUGGAUGUGUUGCAGCCGCAUGAGCUGCAGGAGGUCUACGGGGACAAAAUGAAUAAAGGCAGCCAGGAGCUGAAACCCAAACUAGGUGGGGAUAUUAUUUACCCUGACUACACCCCAGAGCAGAAAGACAGAGACGACUGGGCCGAUAGGGGGGACGCCAAUAGGAGCUUCAAGGAGGGACAUUACUACCCGGAUCACUACAACACCCAAAACAUGCACCCAUGUGGGCCCCCUGUGCACAGUCCCAUUGUGAACAACGGCUCCCCCUACCUCCCGGAGGACUGUUAUGAUAAUGGCACAGACAGCGACUAUGUGUCUCACAUGGACGGAUCUGUGAUUUCACGCAGGGAGUGGUAUGUUUGAGGAAAGAUGCAGAUACAAAAAAAAUGGACAACUGACUGAGAAUAAAUCAACAAGUGACAGAUAUUUCAGUAAAGGAUGUGUUGUGAGUUUAAAAUAAGGCAUAAAUGAAAUUUCUCAGCUCAGUUUGAGCUCUUUGAGCAAUUCUGCUCUGCCUUGAUUGUAACCACUUAACCUUAAGGAUGUGUUUGUGGACUAUAUUAGACCUUUGUAGCUUUUCGAACAGCUACAAAUGAGCUGGAACGCCUCAGUGAUGUUAUUAUGUUUGCUUUGGCAUACAGACUUGUUUUGACUGAUGUGAAUGAGGUUUUGUUUUGUUUUUUUUUCUGCUUGUUUGUGUUUGCACCUGUCUUUUCGCAGGUCACAGGUCAGGUGUUCAGACUCAUUAGUAAAGUAUUUAUACUCCUGACUGACUGAGCUCUGCUCCCAUAAAACCUCACAAAUUCUGUGGCAUUUGGGAAAUGGUCUCUGGACUGGUUAGAGCAUUUUCACACAAACGUUCAUCAUGGCUGCAACCAGUAUUUAAAGCAAAGGAUAUUGCAUGCUUUCUGAAUGCAAAAGUAUUAGGUGAAAGGGAAAGUCACAAGAUUAAAAGGGAGAAAGGCACCGACAUUGUACCAAGGGAAAAGCAAGCUGAUUGAUGGGAGUUCAUUACAUAAAAACACUGCCUUGUUUAAACUUUUUUGUGCAUUUUUUCUGUGGUAUUUCUUGUCCAUCAGUCAUGAAGUGGCAAACGAGCCACCUGAGCAAAGUCCCUGCUUUACUCUCAGCUUUACUAAUACCUAUAUUUUACACGCAUCUAUGUUCCUUAAUUGUUUAUCCAAGAUGUUGACAGCAGUGGUUACCCAGGCUGCAGUAAGUGAGCUUUCAACCCGAGGCAUUUAUUUAUUUAUAAAACAUUUAGUAAUCAAUGCACAAAGCGCACAAUCUCAGGUUGCUUUUAUAUAGUUAAAAAAUGUAACCAUGAUCUGAUUUAAUACACAUUUCCCACACGGGUACUUGUUAAUUAGUUACCUGCUAAAAGCACGCUGCUUGCAGCUCUUCAUCAGUGCAUAAACAGAAAGUGAUGGGCAUCUGGGAAAAAAGCAGUGACCACUGUUUUUACCCAAUCUCAGAAUUGUGAAGUUAUUUUUACUCAAUUUCCAUUUUGUCUUUUGGCUCUCAUAUUGAUUUCUGUAGUUGAGAAGCUUUCCUUGCAAGAUUCAAGAUUCUCCAUGAUCAUUUAAAGGUGUUUUAACUAACUGAAGAUGAGUAGCUAUGUCCACACUGUGUUUGGGAGUCCACUAUCCUUUAAAAAAAACAAAAGGUUAAGUAGCUGGUGAUGUGGAGCAUGUUUAAAGUCCCACCCUUUUGCUGAACAGUUGCAGUCAGUGCUAACCUCUGCCACAUGAUUUACAAGAUGAAUUCUUACAAUGCAAAUAAAACAUUGAUGUGGUGUAAAGAAGUGACUGUUGAAAUUAAGUUUGAUUACAAGCAGAACUCUGGCACCUCAAAUAAAAACUGCUACACAGAUACAUGUAUGUCUGCCGAAGGGAAAGUCCUGACCUCAGACAGAGUAAAACUGAGGUUUGAUAAUAAAAUAAGCCAGAUAUACCAUUAUCCUUUUCAAAAUGUGUCGAUCCAGUCACAUUUGUGCAAUUAGAAGCACAGUUCUGUUAUUACCGUUGUCAGUAAACAUCAAAAGGAGCCAGCAAGGCUUUGGCCUUCUUCACAUAGCCAUGAUAACAGGCUGCAUUGCUGUCUUUUCCAUUUUCCUCUCCCUGGUGUUCUUCAAUUUCUCUCUGAGAGACCAACAGCAGUUGGUCUUUAUAGGUUUUUAUAACAAGAUCAAAGUAAUGACUUAUAAAUACCAGAUGUGACUAUAGCAGCUGUCAUCAUCUGAUAUUAUGCGGCUUCAUAAACCACCAACAGUUUCACUGCAACCGUUUCGAUGCUGCACUGUCAUUUGUGAUUGUAAACAAACAACAAACAAAGAACAGGGCAACAACUAACUGAUCCUUCAGUUUUAGUUUGAUGUAUGAUCUUUCAUUUUGCUGGAAACACUGUGAGCAGCUGAUGUCACCCCUGAACAGGCUAUAAUGUUGGGGUUUGGCUCCUCUCAGGAUAUCCAGCAAUCAUGGAAACAAGAAAUCUAAUCCAUGAGUGAAGAAAAUCUGAACCGCGUGGUUCAAAGCUAUGUAAAGACUCCCCAAGGCAUAUCUAUGUAUGUAGUUUUUCCCCUUUUCCUCCAAACAACAAAUCCAGUGAAAUUAAGUUGAAACAAAAGAGGUGACAUCAUCAGUGAUCUCAUCUCUUCCUGCUUGAUUUGACCUCACACUUUUCCACUUCGUGCUCUGUUUUCUUUCCUCAGGAAUGAUACAUGGAUCAAAGUGGCCUUUGCUAAGUCUCGUGUGAAAGGGAAAACAUACCCAUUUUUUGGAAGAGUCCCCCUUUUUAGUCUGUGAGGGCGUUUGUUGCCAGAAAAAAUAUCUUCUGUGUAUUACAAUCGGAUCAUUGCAGGAGGUUGGCUACUCUUUGAUGUCUUCUUUCUUAUUGGGGGUUUUAUAGAUUUUGGGUGCACUUCUCCACCCUCAUUUUCUCAUGCCAUGGCUUUAGUCAAAGGUUUAGAUGUCUUAGAAUAACCUGCUUUAAUCUCUUUAACUCACCCUCAUUGCCACACGCAUACACACUCGGUCGCCACACAUCUGCUACUGCAUCCCGCGUUCAAAGAGCAGUCUUCACCUCAAACCUUCAGCUUUUUAAUCAACUUUUAUAUCCUUCCUCAUUACACUCUGUGCUCAGACUGUGUGAUAUAUGACACUUCACGUCUGUAUGCACAUUAUUCUUUAGGUUUACUAAUAGUUGACAACUUCAUUUUCUCAUUUUGUAAAGUUACUCCAUGCAAACUGCCUCUUCUGCUUUAAAAAAAAAAAAAAAAAAAAAGAUUAUCAGCCCCAUCUUCAUUUUAAAAGACUGACUAAAGCAAAAUGAGCUAAAGUGAUUCAUUAUUUUGGACAGUUCUUUGUCCUUUCUGAUUGUUCCUUACCAGCUGGUUGCAUGUAAAGUUUGCUGUCAACAGUUUUCAUUAUUUUCCAUCACUGAUGUUUAUAUAUGUGUACAUAUGGAUGGGAUUAGUCUGGGAUUAGCUUUUCUAUUGGUUGUUUGUGUACAGUUUGUUCUGGUUUCCCCUACUGAAUAGCUGGUGCCUUAAAUGGGCUGAGCAAUGCACAGAAACUUUAAAAGCUGACACAUACUGAAAGCAUUGAUGUAAAAGAUACUGAUAUCAUUUUU